CAGGUAUGGUCGGACCCAUCUGUAGGUGGGUGCUACGGGAGGUGGAUGGGUUGGAAUAGGAGGCCCCGCUCCGCCCCGGCCACAGCUAAGGGGAUCCAGGCUGGCUACACCCAAAGGCGGGCUUUGUACCCUAUUAUCCCUCGUCACCACACCUUCCCCAUCGUCUCUCCAGAACAUCAACCUUUUCUUGCUCCGCCAUCGCCGUUGCAAAGAAACAGAACCAAGAUACAGAGGCCAGCCACGGCCGAGAAGAACAAGAAGAUACAAAGGACGAGGUGGCCGUAGUGAGAGUGGAAGCAGGGCCUUGAGAUGGACCCGUGCCCGUUCGUGCGGGUGCUGGUCGGCAACCUGGCCCUCAAAAUGCCGGUCGCCCCGCGCCCCGCCGGCGCCGGCGCCGGCGUGCACCCCACCACCUCGCCGUGCUACUGCACGAUCCGGCUCAACAAGCUGCCGCUUCAGACUGCCGCGGCCCCGCUGCUGCCCUCGGACGACAUGACGCAGGGUCCCGCCGAGACGGGCGCACUGGCGGCCGCCUUCCACCUCUCCAAGGCCGACCUCGACCGCGUCACGGCCAAGCCGUCCCUGUUCGUCGCCCGAUCCGCGAUGCUCAAGGUUGCCGUGUACGCCGGGCGGCGGGGCACCACUUGCGGGGUCAACUCCGGCCGGCUGCUCGGGAAGGUGGUCAUCCCGCUGGACCUCAAGACCGCGGUGGGGAAGCCCAUCGUGUUCCACAGCGGCUGGCUCUCCAUCAACAAGCGCGGCCGUAAGGCCUCUGCCGUCUCCGGCUCCGCGCAGCUUAACCUCACCGUUCGCGCCGAGCCCGACCCGCGCUUCGUGUUCCAGUUCGAUGGCGAGCCUGAGUGCAGCCCGCAGGUGCUCCAGGUGCAGGGCGGCAUGAUGCAGCCCAUGUUCACCUGCAAGUUCUCCUGUCGCAGCAACAGCGACCUCCGCUCUCGAUCAAUGCACUCCGAUCCGGGGAGUGGCAGCCGCAACUGGCUGAUGUCCUUCGGUUCCGACCGCGAGCGCGCAGGGAAGGAGCGGAAGGGAUGGUCGGUGACGGUGCACGACCUGUCGGGUUCGCCAGUGGCACUGGCGUCCAUGGUUACGCCGUUUGUGGCGUCCCCCGGUUACGACCGCGUGAGCCGGUCCAACCCGGGCGCGUGGCUUGUACUCCGGCCCGGCGACGGCACUUGGAAGCCGUGGGGCCGCCUGGAAUGCUGGCGCGAGCGUGGCGCUGGCGCGGCCGGCGACAGCCUCGGGUACCGGUUCGAGCUCCUGAUUCCUGACCCAACCGGAAUGGGCGUCGGCGUCUCUGUCGCCGAGUCCAACGUCCCUUCCUCCCGCGGGGGGCGCUUCGUCAUCGACCUGACGGCGGCGCAGCCCUUCGGCCGGAGCGGGUCGCCUGGGUGCAGCCCGCGCGGGAGUGGUGAUUUCAGCGGCGGGUACGGUCUCUGGCCCUUCGGGAGCUACCGCGGGUUCGUGAUGUCUGCGGCAGUGCAGGGCGAAGGGCGGUGCAGCCGGCCGACGGUGGAGGUGGGGGUGCCGCACGUCGGGUGCGCGGAGGACGCGGCGGCGUUCGUGGCGCUGGCGGCAGCCGUGGACCUGAGCAUGGACGCGUGCAGGCUCUUCUCGCACCGCCUCCGCAGGGAGCUCUCCGGCACCCGCUCCGACCUACUGCGGUGAGGAGACCCACCCAGCGGCAAAUGCGAUCACAAACUGUACAGCGGUGGUGGCGAGAUCGAGGGAGGCGAUGGUGGUGGUUCAGGUCUCUUGUUUUUUUUCCGUGGAAGAUCGACUGUCCGUUUUUUGGGUUCGCUUCUCGUGAUUUUUGGUGGGGGUGUUCUUGUUUUAAAAUCCGUCACUAGUAGUAGUUUUUUCGGAAUCAAUAACUCCCGAACGUGCCAGGUUUUAGCAAAUCACUCCGAACGCAUUUGUUGCCGUCCAUCGUGGUGCACAAAUUUUAAAGCUCUGGAGCUUGACAGGUCAGCAACCAAAGUCGUUCGGGGAUUCUUUUGCUCAGCCCGAACGUUUCUUCCUCCCACCGCACGUCUCUCUCCUUAUUCAUUCUCUUUCCUUAUCCACUCCCACCUUCGCCCACAGCCACACCACUCGUUUUACUCGGCUCAAGAGUGAGGAGGACGACGAGCGCCUCGCUGCUCGCCGACGCGAAGCUCUAGGACGGCGCACUACGGGUCCCCGCCGACCGGCUCAAGCGGGGCGAGUGGCCGCGGCGGCCGUCGAGGCAACCUCCGUCUGCGCGUACAUUGACUGCUCGACCUGGCGGCCAUCAUCGAGGCUGGCGCUCUCCGGGUCCGCGCCGACCGACUCAAUGGGGCGACGUGGGCGGAGAGCGAGCGCCGCCUGCUUUCCCGCGCCGCCGCAGCGAGCGCGGCCGUCGAGGCCGCCUCCGUCUGCGUGCACCUAGCCGCCGUCCAUGGUCACUGUUGGAUUGAGGAGGCGCACUACUCGAUGACGGGCGUGGCGGUCCUCUGCAUCUUCUUCUGCUGCAAGGCUGCAGGGAAUCCAUGCUCGUCGUUGUUCGCUAGGUGACGCCGCAGCCGCAGGUCGAGCUUGACCACCACGGCGGCGAACUGCAAAAGGCAUUUGGAUCCUUUUCCACUGCAGGUGGCAACAUCCUCCAACCCCCUUCUUUUUUUCAUUUUUGUUAGUUUGAUUAUCUGCAAAUUGAUGUGCCAUGACCCAAUAGAGGCACAUCCGAGUUUUGUGUUUAGUUUUCUCACCCCAAAUUGCAUCCCAUGACCCAGUAGACUAGUACAGAUGACAUGCCAUGACCCAGUGCAAGUAGAUAUGUCAUGGCAAUUUUCACCCCCAUUCUGUACCAUGGUAUUUUUGUGAUAUGUAGUUUUUGAUCUGGUUCAGAACUGGUAGGGAUAUUCUAGGGCAAUUUCCAAUAUGCAGUGAACGGCAAAUUUAGAUUGGUUCCA